GCCUUAUCCACAGACUCCCCCAUUUCCAGACACAAAUCUUAAGAACAUUAACAACAAACCCAUCACACAUAAUUCUCUUGGAAAGAGAAAAAACAGCAAUGUCUAUGGCAUCCUCAAUCCCCUAUAUCAAAAUCCCAAACACUUCAUCAUCAUCAUCAUCAGCAGCAUCUUCUACUUGUUGCAGAUUGUGUACCACAUCCAAGCCUUAUAUUGUGACUAUAAGGAGUUCUCAGUCUGAAGGUCCUUUGAGAAGACCUACGGCACCUUCCCCGCCGUCUCCUGUCAAGCCAUUUCCUCCUUCACCGCCACCACCAACCACUCCUCCUCCUCCGUCUUCUUCUUCGCCUGCACCUGUGAGAGACCAGAAUGUGAUCAGUUUGGAGUUUCAGAGGAAAAAGGCAAAGGAACUGCAAGACUACUUUAAGCAGAAGAAGCUUGAGGAAUCAAAUCAAGGGCCUUUCUUUGGCUUCAUUGGAAAGAAUGAGAUUGGUAAUGGAAGAUGGGCAAUGUUCGGUUUUGCUGUCGGGAUGCUAACGGAGUACGCGACCGGAUCGAACUUUGUCGAUCAAGUAAAGAUCAUACUCUCGAAUUUCGGGAUUAUCGAUUUGGAUUGAAACUCUUUUCCUUGUAACUUUAAAUGCUAUUUAUGUACAUUUUUUUUAUGAUCCAAUGUUGUUUUUUUGGUUGACAAA